GAAAGAAAGCAGGAAGGGAAUUACCUCCUGCUCCCUCCAAACACCCACGGCCACACCAGAGCAGAGCGCGGCUCCCCCGCCCGCCCUCACCCCAUCCCUAUCCUAUCCCUAUCCCUAUCCUAAUCCUAAUCCCAAUCCAUGGCCUCUUCCGCCGUUUUCCUCUUCCCAAUCCCGCCCCCGCCCACUCCCUCCAAUUCGCCGCCAUCUCUCUUAUGUUCUGUGCCACCUCUCGUCACUAUCUUCAACAAGACCCACACCACCAGAACCGCCAGCUGCAGACCUCUCUUAGUCUCCGCCUCCGCCUCCGCCUCAUCUCAUUCGCUUCAGGCUCUGAUAUUUGACUGCGACGGUGUUAUAUUGGAGUCCGAGCAUCUCCACCGCCAAGCUUAUAAUGAUGCUUUUCAACAUUUCAGUGUUCGCUGCCCCUCCUCGUCUUCCCCACUUCCACUCAACUGGAGUCCCGAAUUUUACGACGAGCUGCAGAAUUUCAUUGGCGGCGGAAAGCCCAAAAUGCGAUGGUAUUUUAAGGAGAAUGGGUGGCCUACUUCCACUGUUUUUAAUACGCCUCCGGAGAAAGAUGAAGACAGAGCCAAAUUGAUUGACAUUCUUCAGGACUGGAAGACGGAGAGAUACAAAAAAAUUCUCAAAUCUGGAACUGUUGAACCUAGACCUGGAGUUCUUAGAUUGAUGGAUGAGGCAAAAGAUUCGGGAAAACUGCUAGCAGUUUGCUCCGCUGCAACCAAAAGUUCCGUUAUCCUGUGCUUGGAAAACCUCAUUGGAAUGGAGCGUUUCCAAAAUCUUGAUUGCUUCCUAGCAGGAGAUGAUGUUAAGGAGAAGAAGCCAGAUCCCAUGAUAUACUUGACUGCUGCCACGAAAUUGGGGGUAUCAGGAAAAGAUUGUUUGGUUAUAGAAGAUAGCGUGAUUGGACUGCAGGUCUGUCUGUCCUAUGAAGCUGCAACUGGAGCUGGGAUGCCCUGUGUGAUAUCGUAUACAGCAUCCACUGCCAACCAGGAUUUUACAGACGCAGUCGCAAUCUAUCCAGACUUGAGCAAUGUCCGAUUGGCAGACCUGGAAGCACUGCUGAAAAGUUUGGAAGCAGCAAAAUAAUUGUACAUUGUCGAAAGCCUGUAGAGAUGGUUGCGUUUUCAUUAACCAACUCUUCUCACAUGUGAUGUGCUGUAUUUAGAUCGCCAUUGCUGGUAAAUUGAACAACGGUAGAUACGAUUCUUUCUCAAGAUGUGUGUAUGUACUGUUGUUGAUAUUGUUGAUUAUUUGUAUUUAAGAGGCUAUAACAAUAUCAUCAUCAUCAUCA